ACUCACACUUGCACGCAGCAAACACCAGCUGCUCAGUCGAGGUGGAUGCAAGAUCACAACCUGCACUCAUUGUUUCUCUGCAGUGUUUUCAUUUUCUCGUUGCCAAUAGUCACAUUGUCAGCCCUCAAGGUUGGGACGGUCAAGUGGGCGGGACCAAGCGUGUGAGCCAGACAACGGGACGCAAGACUUUUCACAGCACAACAGAACUGCACUGCAACGCAGCACCAAAUCUCCCGUUGGGCCUCCACACACAUACCAACGACACGAUGAGCCAGGGAGCUAGUGGGCCCAUGUCCGACAAGGACGUCUCGGCAGCCUUCACCUCAUUCUACCUCCAGCGGGCGACCAAGGAGUUCGCAGAGGACCUCGAUAAGAUCCGCAAAGCCGAUGACUUUAGGAGUGAGGCCAUCCCCACGCUCGUCAGCGCCUUGUCCCAGGGAACGGCCAUGUUCUCGCCUGCAGACCAGCGCAGGAUCGUCAAGGCGGAGGGUGCUUCAACCAGCGAGAAAUCUUGAGCGCCCUGGGCGAAGGCCCGGGACAACACAUGAGCAGGCCCCUCAGAUUUGGGUCGAACCUCUUUAAGUGGCACAGCGGUGGUCAGCAUUAUACUUGAGGAGGAGCGCCUCAGCUUGGGUGCGCUGGACAGGCUUCGCUCGGCUGGACUGGCAUGAGACAGCCUGAGAGAAGAUGCAUGUGUGGAUGACGAAUACGGCUCCAGAAUGCGAAGGUCAAAAGAGAGGGCGGAGGUUAGUUGCAGAGACCACAGAUCUCAUGAUGCCUGCCAUUUUAGACAUGGUGCUCUAUUGAACCCAGACUAGGCACAGAUACUCGACCAUAAUGGAUCGGAAUUUUGCGUUA